AUGAAAUCGUGCCAAUGCCCGCCCUGGAAUCAAGCUAAUCGCGACAGGUUCAUCGAAUCUCAGCUCCAGCUAGAGGCAGAUGCGCGUGAGGCCCUGCCAUACUCAUUCGAUUCCUGCACAUAUGCCCUCGGACCACUGCGCCAGAACCUCUUCGCCUGCAUCACCUGCAACCCACCCCCCACGAAUCCCGACGAGUCAUACACUGCAGCUGCUGUCUGCUAUUCCUGCUCUAUCUCCUGCCAUGGUGAACACACCCUGGUUGAGCUGUUCAACAAGCGCAACUUUGUCUGCGAUUGCGGAACCACUCGCAUGCCCUCUUCAUCUUGCUGCACUCUGCGCGACGACCCAACAACCGGCAAGAAAGGUGCCCACUCCCAAGAAGCCGCGCCGGGCAACACAUAUAGUCAGAACUUCCGCAAUAAGUUCUGCGGUUGCGGCGAGCAGUACGAUGCGUUCUCAGAGAAGGGGAUCAUGUUCCAGUGUCUUGGAUUGGGAACUGUUGAGACUGGUGGGUGUGGUGAGGACUGGUGGCACCCCGAGUGCUUGAUCGGGCUACCCAGGGAUGGGACCAAGCUUGCACCCAAGGAGCAUGGAUUCGGAGGUGAUGCCGCUGAGGAUGAUGCAGACGAGGAAACCCCGCUUCCAUCUGGAUUCCCUGCAGAAGAUGACUUCCAGCACCUUAUCUGCUACAAGUGCGUUGACUCCAACCCUUGGAUCAAGCAAUACGCAGGAUCUCCAGGAUUCCUGCCUCCAGUUCUGAAGAACGGGGGGUUGCAAAAGACAUCUAAGGAGACGGAAGACGCGAAAGCCACCCUUGAGCCCAAACCUGAAGAACCAGCCUCUGAGCAGAGCAAGACUGAAGAGAGCACGACUGAUAAGAAUGAGAUCGAGCCCCGUGACCAGAAUUUGGAACCUUCAAAGAAGCGCAAAGCAGAGGAUGAGGAGCCCACAGAGAAUGCCCCCGCUCCAAAGCGAACUAAAGAAGACCCUAUCGAGGAAGCGCCAUCCAAUUCUACCACAAUUGAAGAUGAAUCCAAAGAGACACCUCACACUGCCACGCCUCCAGCCCCGAAGCACGCGUCACUGCCCAAACCCACCCCCACAGAAUCAUUUUCCCUUUUCGCUUCUGAAGACUUCCACGAUUACCUAUGUCGGUGUGCAGACUGCUUCCCUCAUUUGGUUCCCCACCCUCAGCUACGUGAAGCCGAAGAGACCUAUGAGCCUCCAGUGUCAGAGGAUGGCGACGCCGAUGGUGCUGCCAGUGCCGGCACGGGUAGCAUUUACGAUCGUGGCGAAGCAGCUCUGAACAGUGUGGAUCGUGUGCGAGCCAUCGAGGGUGCAAUGGCGUACAACCAUCUCCGUGACAACCUCAAGACGUUCCUAAAGCCGUUCGCUGAAAGUGGACAGGCGGUCAGUGCCGAGGAUAUCAAGGGCAUCUUCGAGAAACUCCGUGGAGAUGACAAGGGGAUUCAAGAUGCUGCUGAUCAAGCGUCUGGUACUAAUGACAAGGAGGGUGGUGGAAACAGCAGGAACGAACAAAGCGGUAUGUGA